AUGGCCAGCUCUAUUAUCUGGAAUAGUGGCGCGAAUCGAAAAGGUCGGUGCCUAUUAUAUAUCACACAUCAUGAAUUCCCAAUACCUAACCUGCCAUCCACCGCGGUUGCUACUACUGCUAUUCCUUCUUCGAUACCACAUCCGCCUUUAGCUCGACGUUACUCAGAACCCACAGAGACCUUCCUGUCGCCACUACCGUCGUCACCUUUAGAGCCGACGAGCUCAGCGUCUUCUCAAGAUAAUAAAGAAAAUACACCCAUUGCGCCGCGAGUAAACCCGCCGUCCACAUCAGCUCCUGCUGCUUCCGCAAGCUUUCCUCCCGGCACGCUACCACCACAAAUCAUCUCUAUGCUUACCGAGAUAACCUCUACUUUAAAAUCUACAUUCCCCAAGUAUCCUCCACAUACUUUACAACGCUUAUCAGAGCUUGUCCUAGCACCUAGAAAUCAUUACCGCACAUUACCAACUUAUCUCCAUGCCCUCGAUAGAGUCGUCCAUGUGACUUCGGGUCUUAACAUUUAUCCACUCCCUCCGGCCGUGCCGGAUAUGAAAACAGCAUCGCUACUAACGAAUGGAAUAUCCGAUACCAUAGCCUCGCCGUCACCCUUCGCCGCACCCGGCAGUGACGAAGCUCUAGGCGGCGCACUCUUGACUCCUAUCCCCUGGCUCCAGCCAAACCAGCACGGAAUCGGUGGGCCCUCGCAAUCCUCGCUAGGAACACCGGGAACAAGAAGUCCUAACAGCCAAAAUAGCGGGGCGGUCGGCCCAAUAGGUGGUGAUCUCGAAGGCGAGGUGCGUACGGAAAGCACCGAGACCAUCGAUGGUCCCAAUGGUGUUGGUAGUAUCGAGACGGUAUCAGUGUCGGUGAAUGGAAUCCCCUCAAUGGGAGCCCGUGGCAUAGGCGUUACUCAAGGCGAAUUGCUUAGGCAGGAACAACGUGCCGGCGUGGUACCCGUCAGCCAGCUUGUGCCUAGCCAUCACGUACACGGCGGGAAUCCGCACGCCCAGGUUCACCGGCGGGCGUCCACCUCCCCGAGCACCGAAUCCCCUCAAAAUGCGGCGACGCCGACUUCUUCAUCCGGCAGUCCCGAGGCUGAAAGGAAGUCCCAGUCUCCUCCAAAUGUAGAUACUCCCACUUCUAGUAGCAGUACUGCCGCUCCUACCGUAGACGCCGACGCCCCUCUAGGCUCGGUUGUUGGCACGGACGAGGAGAAGCCGCACGCGCGCGGACCCGAGGAAAUUGGGCCAGAGGACAUGGGCCCGCAGCACGGCAACGCGAGUCUCGGGAGCACUACGAUCGGCAGUCCAGGCGGUGUUGAGAUGCAAGGCAUUGACGUCGAAGCAGCGGUUGGUCGGAAAGCGGUAGGGGGCCGUGGAAGUAGCAAGAGUCCUCCGAAGACGGGCGCGGCGGGCGACAAGAUGGACGUCGAGACAUCGGAAAGCGAAGCUAGCGAUCGAGAAACGAAGCGCGAGGCAGAGGACGAGCCGGAGGGCGCUGCGGGAGCGAAGAAACUAAAAGAGGAUAAGGAACUUGCGCCUCAGACUACUGGAGAAGGACAGGUCGAGGCCGAGGCCGAGGCUAUGGAUACUUCUCCCGACGACAAGGGGGAAGCGAAAGGGGUGCAGGGGAGCGUCUAG